AUGGACGGUUUCAACUCAUCAAAUUCUUCUCAGCCGACCCAAGAAGAUGGAAGUCUGAGGCUGAAAAGCGAAUCUCUGAGCUACCGAGAGAGGGAGGCUGCCAGAAAGCGAGCCAGAAGAGAAAAUGAAAGUGCCGAAGAGAGGCAGAGAAGACUCCAACGGGAGGCUGAGCAGAGAAGGAGAAGACGUGCACAAGAGUCGCAAGAGGAGAGAGAUGAGACGCAGAAAGAGCUAGAAUGCGCAGGGAACAAGAAAACGCAACUCAAAGAGGUGCCCGCCUGUCUAGGAUUGCCGAGAGAGCUCGAACCCGAAGAGAGCUGGAGGAUGAAUGAGCAGAGAGAGGUGCGUCUGGCACGACUUGCUGAAGAAGCUCGAAUUCGAAGAGAGCUGGAGGAUGAUGAGCGCAGGGAAGUGCGCUUGGCAGAAGUUGCUGAACGAGCUCGGGUUCGAAGAGAGCUGGAGGGUGAUGAAGACAGAGAAAUGCGCCUGGCAAGUCUAGCUGCAAGAGCUCGAGCCCGAAGGAGCUCAGAGGACGAGGAGCAAAGGGUCAGUAGAUUGACGCAAGAAGCGGAAAGAUCGAGAAUGCGGAGGCAGCUAGAAAAUGAAGAAAAUCGAGAGGCCCGCAGAGCGGAAGAUGCUACCAGAGCCAGGGUACGUAGAGAGGGAGAAGAUGAGGAGCUGCGGCAACAACGCAACUUUGCUUCAGCUCAACGGGAGCGCACGCGGAGGGUUCUAGAGACAUCGGCAGAAACUGAGGAAAGACGACGUCUUGAGGCUGGACGUUAUCAUGCCCGCAGCACAGCUAUUUCACUGCGAACACGGAGGAUGGCUAGGAGUAAUGCUGUAUUCUUCCAGAAUUCAUAUUUUUACAUUGCUAAACAAGGGAAACCUUUCACAGACAGCAGUGGCCUCACGGAAUGUGAAUUCCGCAGCUCACAACACUGCAUGCAGUAG